AUGGAAAACAAAGACUUAAUCAUUAUCGCCCUAAUUCUAGCACUAAUCUAUCUCUAUUACCAAAAUAGAAAACUAAAUGUGCUAACUAAUUUUACCGGAACUAAUGCUAAUUUAGCCGAGAUAAACGAAGUUAAAAAAGUAAAUCAAAUCUUUGCUAAUUUCUGUAAGCAGGAGAUCGGAGGCAAAGACAUUAACGAACUUCGCACUAAACUUAAUGGUCGCACUUUAACUGAAAUCCUGGAAGAAAAUGAAGACUAUGAAACUACCAUUGACGGACUAAAACGCAAAAAAGGAGAAUUAGAAGCCGAAAUCACCCUCCUGACUAAUUCCCGAAAAAACCAAAUCAAGGAAAAAGAAACCAUUAUCACUCGUUUAAAAGAGGAAAAAAAAUCUUGA